AGGUUGGGGGCUGGGGGGGAGAGAGAAGCGAUCGCGAGAGAAAAAAAAAUGCAGCCUCCCAAAAUAAAGAGCAAAGAUUGCAUUAGGAGCGAACAGCGCUGCAGAAAUAGAUGGCAGUUCGGUGUCAGUGAGUUUGCAUCCCCCUUCCUGAUCCACGAGCUGGAGUGAUUAGAACCCUGGCAGGGAAUCGCUGCUCGUGGAGAAGUGCCCCUUCGCUGGCAGCCGUCUGCACUGUACACGCCGGAUGCCUCUCCAUCCACCCCACUCACUCUCGGUUCUCUCACCUCCUCUCUUCCCUCUCUCCCGCAUUGAUUUUUUUUUUUUUUACCCUUUUUAGUUGACUGAAACAAAACAAAAACAAAAGGGCCACUGGAUGUCUGCCUUCUUGGGGGGUGAGCCAGACAGACUGACAAACAAACAGACCCAACUGUGUUCAGGGGAGGGUUUCUCCUCCCGCUUUGCCCGGCAGCAGCAGCAUGGACGUGUUGGCUAGUUAUAGUAUAUUCCAGGAGCUACAACUCGUCCACGACACCGGCUACUUCUCAGCUUUGCCAUCCCUGGAGGAGACCUGGCAGCAGGGAACACAGUGGACUGCAUCUCCAGUGGCUCUGGGAAGCUGUCUGUGUGAUGGUUUGGCAUGUCCUCUCUGAUCUGUCUGCCUGGGUCAGAUCACAAACAGGUUCUUCUCUCACUCCAGACAUGCCUUGAAUUGGAACGCUACCUACAGACAGAGCCCAGGAGGAUCUCGGAGACCUUUGGUGAGGAUUUGGACUGUUUUCUCCACGCCUCUCCUCCCCCGUGCAUUGAGGAAAGCUUCCGGCGCCUAGACCCCCUGCUGCUCCCUGUGGAAGCAGCCAUCUGCGAGAAGAGCUCAGCAGUGGACAUUUUGCUCUCUCGGGACAAGUUGCUAUCUGAGACCUGCCUCAGCCUCCAGCCAACCAGCUCUUCUCUAGACAGCUACACAGCCGUCAACCAGGCCCAGCUCAACGCAGUGACCUCAUUAACACCCCCAUCAUCCCCUGAGCUCAGCCGCCAUCUGGUCAAAACCUCCCAGACUCUCUCAGCUGUGGAUGGCACAGUGACGUUGAAACUGGUGGCCAAGAAGGCUACACUCAGCUCAGUAAAGGUGGGAGGGGUGGCAACCGCAGCAGCAGCCGUGGCGACAGCUGGGGCAGUUAAGAGUGGACAGAGCGACAGUGAACAAGGAGGGGGUGACACAUGCCCCGAAAACAAGAAGAGGGUUCACCGCUGCCAGUUUAACGGGUGCCGGAAAGUUUAUACAAAAAGCUCCCACUUAAAGGCCCACCAGAGAACUCACACAGGUAGUGAGAAGCCUUAUAAGUGCUCAUGGGAAGGGUGUGAGUGGCGUUUUGCACGAAGCGAUGAGCUCACGAGGCACUACAGGAAACACACAGGUGCAAAGCCCUUUAAAUGCAACCACUGCGACAGGUGUUUUUCCAGGUCUGACCACCUUGCCCUCCAUAUGAAGAGACAUAUCUGAAAAGCUAAAGCCCAGAGUUGCCAUGGCAUCGCCCGUUGUCUGAAGGAAAUGCUGUGAGGCAAGGGGCUGGACUUCAGGCGGGGGCCCAUUGCCUCGCAGAAGAAAGUUCUCACUUAUAGACCUCUAUACACACACACACACACACAUGCACACACAUGUACACCCACACACAUGCACUCACACACUGACUCACACACACAUACUGUCAUGCACUCAGCUAUAUUUAAAAAAUAUAUACGUCUAUUCUAUAUGCCUUGCCCUAGCCAGAUGGUAGAAGACAAAGAAGGAAACCAGGUGAACUCAGCAAGGCAGACUGGCUGCUUACUUCAGCACUAUUGGAAUUAUUUCCCGCUGUUGCCAAUGGAAAUCAGAGAAAAUGGAUGUGACGUCUCUGCAGGUGGACGGCAGUACGAGGGGCUCACUUAAUUCGCUUCUCAGUGCAACUUGAUAGGAGAAUACAACAUUUUAAAAGUUG